AUGUCAGUUUUCGACAUCGAGUCUGAGGCUAUGGACGACAGGGGUGCCAUCACAGUUGUGGAUUCUAAAAUGAUGGAUAUCGACUCGCCCGAGACCAAGCUGUCGGGCCAGCAACAACCUCUUCACCCAGCCGCCAUCCCAUCCGACCACCUGCACAAGCACCACGAUAGCACCUCGACCCAGAUCACCGGAUCGGCAGACUCGUCCCCGACAACGACUGCAUCGUGUACCGAUUCUUCGUCCCUUUCGGAUCAGUCUCCCUCGUCCUCCCCGGACUCUCCCAUCAACAACCUCAUCCCUCUCUCUUCCUUCCCCGGCCCAACCUUCGGAGGCCUGUCAUCCAUGGCUUCUCUCAGCGUCUCGGAGCCUACCCAGCGGCCAAUGACUUCGCCUGGACCCAGGCGGCCGCGCAACAUGAAAGGGCUCUCAAUACAACCGCCUUUCACAAACUCUCUAUCCUCAACACUAGUUUCUGAGCCAUCAUCUCCGGUUUUCAUCAAGCCCACAAUCCCGGCGAUGAAGCGCAAGCCUAGCCAGCUUAGCCUGAAGACAAGCUCACAAGAUCUGCACAAGCCGGCUCCUUUGCUAGAGGUUCCUUCGUCGCCAAUCCUCUCGAUCCCCCCAAUUCUCCAGAGGCGCGCGCUUAAACACUCGACUUCGUCACCACACAUGCUCUCGGGUCUCAAAUCAGCUACCUUUGGCCCGGUCGGUGGCAUGACCAUCCCCACCGUUCUCGAGCGCAACGAGUCUGGUCUUUCCGAGUUUUUACGCCCAUCUAAGCCUUCUGCGCCGCCACCGACGUUCGGCUCCACCAUUCCCGAAGAAGAGUCGCCGAUUCGAGCGCAGGUCGCGAACCGAGCAGCUUUUGACUUCGAGCCGUAUCACGAGGUUGAGAAAAACGAGGACCAGAAGUCUCCUGGCUAUCCAAACGGUCCGAUAGCCAUCUACAGAGAUGACGUGUUUUUGUUUUCGGAGCCCUCGGCCGAGGUGGCGUCAAGAUUUGACGUCGUCAUCAACGUCGCGCGCGAGGUUCACAACCCGUUUCACGCCAAGGCAACCCUGCCCCAGAGUGACUCACCGAUCCCAGACACCGCUGUGACAACCGCAAGCUUCAGCACUGCCUUCGAGUUCCCCUUGGAUGACGCCGCGACCCCGACCACGCCCAAGGUCCUCAGCCCGGCUAGGCAGCCCGAGUACAUCCACAUGCCUUGGGAUCACAACACCGACAUAGCCCCGGAUCUCAUGAACCUCUGCGAGGUGAUUGACCACAAGACUCGAGAUGGAAAGAAGGUCUUGAUCCACUGCCAACAGGGCGCAAGUCGAUCCGCCAGUCUGAUCAUCGCCUAUGGCAUGUACCAGAACCCGGAGUUGACCGUCAACGACGCUUACUACGCUGCCCAGGCCAAGAGCAGGUGGAUCAGCCCCAACAUGCGUCUCAUGUACUGCUUGCAGGACUUCCAGAAGGAAGUGUCCAGGCGGAGGCUUACGCCUGCCUCUGCUCUGCGGCCCCGCGUAGGCAAGAGCCCGACCAAGAACCACCGCGCAGCGCUCUCGGUUGAUGCUAUCGAGAUCGCUCCCAAGGAGCCGCUGACCGCGCCGCUCCCUGACGAGGCUAACUCUGACCGGAGCCCCGAAAAGAGCCCUCUCAGGGCGCGUGGAGCUUCUACGCCCGGCCAGCCUGUAUCCCCUGGCCCCUCUUCGGCCCCAUCCAGCUUCUCUUGGUCGGAAAAGGAAGAUGAGCGCGAUCCCGGAAAGUUUGGACGCUUCAACAUGGACAACGUCUGCAAGCCCUCUGCCCUGUCUGCGGUCCGAGAUUCUCCCAGCCCCAUCAAGGGCGGCCCCUUUCCCUCGGUUCGCCCCGCCAGCUCCCAUGAGACCCCCGCCAUCUCCAGGUUUUGCUCCUAG